AUGAUGAACAAUGGUACAGCAGAACCUUUUUUGACAACCAGUAUUUUUCGUCGAUAUUUAUUAGGUGAAUCAUUUGAAAGUGUUCUUAUUCGUUUAACAAUUAUAUUAUCAGCUAUUGUUGUUGUAUGGACUGGCAUAAUGCUUGCUUUAAUUAUUCAUACAAAGUGUCAACGAUCAAAACAAAUAUUAAAAACAUCGGUUCCGCAUCAUCAUUUAUGUGAUAGUAAUUCAAGUUUAACUAGAAAACGACCAAAUCGUUCUAAACAAAAUCGUCGUUAUGAUUCUUCAUCGUCAACAUGCUGCAAUACGGUUUGCUAUUUUUUAUCAGAACUUAUGCAGCGUUGUAUCUUUUGUCCAUCAUCAUCGUCAUCGUCGUCAUCAGUAGUAAAUGAAAAUUCUAAAAUUGAAUCAUCACUAAUAAAACAAGAAAAAAAGCAAGGAGAAUUUAUGCCAAUGAAUUCUCAAGCAAAUUCAAGUAAAGUUCAACUGGUUGUUGAAGCUAUGACUAGACGAUCGUUCUCUCGUAAUAAGAAUGUAUUUAACAUAGGAAAGAAAAUUUCCUCAUAUCGCGAAACAGAAAGUUCAAGUGGUGAUGAAUUAAAAAGUUUUUAUUUAUGUGAUAAUGAUCAAAAAUCUCCAAUUGAAAUGCAUGCAAAUACAUCCAAUGUUGUUCACCUAAUGCAACCAAAAGAAAAUACUCAACGUCAUUCAGUUUCAUUUCAAAAUGAUGCAAAUAAAAAUGAUCGCCAAACAACAAAAACUUCAUCAAAAACACAGAAAUGUAAUACAAGAGUUACUAUACCCUUUCAAUCAAUUACUCGACGAGUACCAAAUGCGAAUAGAAAUUCUUGUUUUCUUCUGAAAACUACAACUCAACAUCAGGAACAACGACAAAAAGAGCAACGUAAAUCAUUACUAAUGAUUUCCGCAGCACGAACAAGUCAAUCUAAAACGUAUUAUGAACGACGUUGUUCAUUAUUAGAUGAUCCAGUGACAACAGAUGGAAGUGUAACAUCAAGUUCAAGACAUAUACCAUUAGUAAUGAUUACUGAUACAAGUUCAUCAAAUACAAAUAUUCUUGAACUUGAAACAUUUGAAGAUAGAGCUUAUUUAGGAAGUGACAUUGAAAAACGUUUGUCACGAGAAUUACGAGCAGCCUAUCGACCAAGACAUUCUACAUAA